CCAAUGGAUAUCACCAUUCAUAACCCCCUGAUCCGCAGACCCCUGUUGUCUUGGUUGGCACCAAGUCGUAUCUUUGACCAGAUUUUCGGAGAGCACCUGCAGGAGUCAGAGCUGCUCCCUGCUUCCCCCGGCUUCAGUCCCUUCCUGAUGAGAUCCCCCAUCCUUCGGAUGCCCAGUUGGCUAGAGACGGGACUCUCUGAGAUGCGACUGGAGAGGGACAAAUUUUCUGUAAAUCUUGAUGUGAAGCAUUUCUCCCCUGACGAGCUAAAAGUGAAGGUGCUUGGGGACAUGAUAGAAAUUCACGGGAAACACGAGGAGCGCCAGGAUGAGCAUGGCUUUAUUGCCAGGGAGUUCAACAGGAAAUACAGGAUUCCAGAUGAUGUGGACCCUCUGACCAUAACCUCAUCGCUCUCUCUGGAUGGUGUCCUGACGGUGAGCGCACCGAGGAAACUAAGUGACGUCCCUGAGCAGACUAUUCCUAUCACCCGUGAAGAGAAGCCUGCCAUUGCAGGAGCCCAAAGGAAGUAGGCUGCUAUCUAAAGUCACCUCGGGGGGCCAUUCAAGAGCACUUUUCAUCAGA